AGCUCGAAGGAAGUGGGAGGGGAAGGGAGAGAGAGAGACAGGACGAGGAGGAAGGUACCAGAAAGAUUGGUAAGGGAGGUAUUGCCUGUUAUCCGGGCGGCAAAUCCAGUCCCUGUCACAUUCAGGUAUUGCGGCCGACGGAGCGAAGCGAAGCCACAAAGCGCGAGAACCGAGCAGAGUGAGGCAGGUGUUCCGGCAUGUGACUCACGCGCCUUGUCGGGAGUGCACGCGCGUGUGUGUGUGUGUGUGUGCGCGUAGGGUGUAUGUGCAUGACGCGGCCAGGGGCUCUUGGACACACGUGCAAAGAGAAAUAAGUGAAGGUUGCGGGUAAGGUUUUGUGUUACGAAUCGGUUGUGGCAGCUUAUCAAAACAGAAAGAAAAAACAGACGUGCUUAUCUGAGUGUGAAGGAAAGCGAAGGCAACAUGGCUGAAAAUUCGGCUGCUUCUGAUAUGGACACAGACCAAGGUGACAGAUCUGAAAGUCACAAACGCUAUCUCAUAAAUCAGGCCACGCAUACAUGUCUGGCUGUCAUAGGUGGCUCGUCGCCCGAGAACGCGGUGAUUGGCAUGACGAGCCCCAGCGACAGCCGUGAGAAGCAGUGGUACAACAGCGGCGGUCAGUGGCAGUGGGGCGGCGACCGCUCGUACUGCCUGGCCCCCGUCCCUGGCGACAUUACGGUCCGGCUGGUCAAGUGCGCUUCCUCGACGAUCAAGUGGACGAAGGACGCCGAGGGCAGGAUGGUCUUCGGGUCGCGGGUGCUCACGGUGCCGCCGGGGAGACACAGGACGCGCGUGAUCCUCCGCUCGACGAUCAACGGGACGGACCAAAUGUGGUGGACGGACGCGGAGCUGCGGGCCUUUCUCAAGGGAGCGAGUCCGGCGGUGUACCCGUUCCCGUCUGUCCAUAUCGCCAUAUACUACCAGGAGAUUGCCCGAGGCCUCUUGAACCAACUCGCCCCACUGAGCGAGCCGCUGCCCUUCCCUCGCGACGUGGCCACCUUCCCCGGCACCGUGGACGACGCCACGCCGCGGGUGGAGAAGACCUUCACGCUGGACCUCUCGGUGCUGGGACAGGCCAGCAACCUGCGAAUGACGACCCCUCGAGACUGGCAGGCCACUGACCUGUAUGUGGCCGCAGGAGACAUCUUCCUUGUUACCCUUCCCGAGAGCUUGCCACUCGAGCAGGCGCGGCAGAUCACCGUUUGCGUCGGCGCCCACGUCGAUAAGCUUCGUCCUUCGUCAGGCACAACGAAAAAGAGCAAGUGGUUCAAGCGGAUGCCAGUUGUCUCAGAGACCUUUAAUGUCAACCCAGGUAUAAAUCUCCUGCGAAGUCAGUAUGGAGGAAACCUGAUAUUCAUAUUUAGAGAAGGUGAGGUGUUCCUAGUAGAUGUUAAUGUGAAAAACGUUAUUCGAGCUCCGCACUUUAAGCUCGACAAAACGACCGUGCACGAAUGGAGGGUCUCCAGGACGUCGGGCGCCCCCCACGCGGUGCUCGAGAGUCACAGGAUUGUGCUUGUGGUGCGGAGCUCAGCCGUCACGAGCUUCGCCUUCCCCGAUCAGCUGAUGUGUCGAUACGAGGACAUCGUGGACAAACUGAAUUCCCUCGCGGGCUUCACGGAGAGCGACCCGCCGCCGAGGGGAAAGUACUGGCUCGUCAACGAUCUGCAGAUUUCGCACGGCUCGGCGCACGCGGGCUUCCCCGUCAUGGUCAACAGGCGCAUCAGGAACCUGGCCAUGUUCGACACCCCGCAUCGCUGGUGCGUCUGGCACGAGCUCGGCCACAACUACCAGCAGGCUCGGUCCUGGGCGCGCGCCUACGGAGUCGAGUCAACGGUUAACUUGUUCUCCAUAUACAUCGGAGAAAAGCUCUUCAAUAAAGACAGACUAAAGAAAAACGACAAGUACAGACUAGCCUCCGCGGCAGUGGACCAAGGCCUCACAUUCGAAGAGGCCAAUUGCUGGCAGAAGCUGGUGUUCCUGAUGGAGAUCAAGUACGCCUUCCCCGACAAGGGCUGGGACAUGUUCCGCCAACUGAACCGAACGACGCGCGCCCUCUCCAAGAAGGAGGCGGAGCUCCUGGCCUCCGAUCACCAACUGCAGAUCGACUACGUGUACCGGACGCUGAGCAAGAUCGUGGGUCACGACCUCAUCCUGACGUACAAGCGGUGGGGCCUCAGUGUCAGCCAGGACGCGCAGGAGGAAAUACAAAAGCUUGGCUUGCAGAAGGCGCCAGCUGAUCUCUCCGUCAGGCACUAGUCAGUCGUUAGGCAUUCCCAUGACAAUCCUGAGAUCUGGUGUUCAAUAGAUAUAUUUUGCGAUUCUUCAGCUUCUGAGUAGCUGACUUCAGACUUCUGUUUUAUCCCCUCCUUGCAAUAGUGACUCUUACCACAUUCUAGGCCUUGACCUUUGCCAUUCGCUUCAUAACGAUAAAAAACAAAACAAAACAAAACAGUACAGUUCAUAGCAACCAAACAUCUCGUCAGUGUAUUUUUCAUUCCAAAUGUAGAUAAGUCAAUGAUAAAAUAGCGACAAAAUCCUAAUUUAAACUUUUAUAUCGUUUAAUUUAUAUGGAAUAUAUCGAUGAUGCGAUUAAUCAUAUUACGGAAUCUGCUGCAAUAUUGUUUAUGCUUA